AUGACUCAAGAAUCCUCUGAAUGCCAGGUGCGGAACAAGUGCACCAAAGAGGCUACACAUGCCAAUGGCGUCUUUUGCUGGUUCCAUUCCAAGCAAGUCUAUGGCCUCUAUAGGGGAUACAAACGGCGUAAUGCUUCGCUGGAUGCGCUGGAUGACGAGAGCCCUCCCUACCUAAAGAAAGCCAAAAUUACUCUAGCCAGCCAGACGUUUGAGGACAUAGAAGACGAAAGUACUUUGAGAGUAGUGCAUUCCCAUCUGUUUGAGAAAUAUGUCCUCAUUGGAAAAGUAAUUGAUGCCCGCAGGCUUCACCAUACGCACUUCUAUUCGCUGCAAGUCGACUAUGGGCACCAAGCAUACAUCGAUAAGCUCAGUAGCCAGCGCCAGAACAUCCUUCAAUCUCUCGAGAAAUUGGAAAAGCGCACUGCUGAUCUACUCUAUCGAAAAGAACAAUGGUUUUCUUGGGUACGCAGGGCCCAGGAAGAGGAGGAAGCAACUCGCGAGAAGGAGCAGAAAAGAGUCAAGCAAGAGGCUUCCUUGUUCAAACGCUACCGAGACCAAUUGCGUGCGAGGCUGGAACGAGCUAGGCGAGAGGAAGAAAAGAAAAGCCAAGAUGCAUAUCUCGAACAAGCUUACCAGGAGCGUAUGGCUAUGUCAGCGGAUGAGACUGACAAUGACGAGGAUUGGGACCCCAUCAAAGACAUGGAACUCGAUAAACGGACUCAGUACAUUGACUUGAUCAAACACUUCCUUUGGAUGGAUGUCGUCAGUACCGAUGGCGACCAGGAGGAAGCCUCAGCCGAUCCUGUGGCCACUUCCACAGAGGCCACUUCCAUAGAGGCCGCUCCAACGCAAGACAGCCAGACCCCUGUUAAGAAAGCAAAGAAAAGGUCGAGUGCCAAGAGAGGCACCAAAUCUGGCAAUAUAGGUGUUUCCGCUGCUGCCAGCAUAGCCGAGAGAGGCCAAAAGAGGCUGAUGGCCAUACAAGAAGGCAAGAAAGCUAGCAAAAAUGCUGAACAACACGUUCCGGACAAGAAAAAAAUCGAAACGGAACGCGAGAUGAGGAAGCGCCUUAGCGAGGGCGUCGACAAGAAAAUGGAGAACAUUUGGGGCUUCCAGCUUGUAGGAUCAUUGGAAAACCCUCAUGAGACCUAUACUAGGACGGCACCGAUGACGGGCGAUGAGAUUGACGUCGAGGAAUUUCUCAAUGAUGCCGAUAUAGUGGAUUCGGAUUUGCGAGACCUCUGCUUAAAGUUGGAGGACCCUUCUCUGCAGCAAAUUCGAGAUGCUUGCGCCGAUUUUGCACGUGGGGAUGAUGCGGAAGAAGCUGAUGACAUAUCGGACGAAAGUGAUAGUGAAGAUGAAGAUGGUGACACCUUCGCCAACAUGGUGGCUGACCAUGAUCGAUACAGACACCUCCAUACCGACAGCUGGCUGCCGGAAAAGUUGUUCCCCGACGAGCUAAAGCCUCUCAAGAACACCAGAUCCUCGUCACAGAAGAUCCGAGUCACUCUUUGUGGCAAGAGUGUAUGGAACCAUGCCAGCGAAAAGGCAAUGUCUCGAGAUGGCUGGCUACAGUUCUCUAUCAUAGCCAAAGACUGUGACCUUAAGCAUGCCAUUCAGCUUUGCCGGAACUGGGCCGAAUUCUCAGACUUGAACCUGCUCACCCACUGGCAGUAUUUCCCUGCUUCCAACUGGGCUUCCUGGGGCACCAAUAGGCUUAUUCAACAGCUACAAGAGCUCGAGUUUUUCCCUUACUUUAUCGAUCUCGACGCUCAACAAUACAGCCGCCAUCUUCAAGUUGGUGGCCGGAGCAAGAUUCGGCGCCAGCAUGACAUAGUUGAAGGGAGAAACAUUAUUGUCGGCCACAUGAAGCGCAGCAACCCCGUCACCCGGCGGUUUCUACAAUACCUUACCAUGCGGACCGGAGAGGUACUAGUUCUGGUAAGGGAUGGUAAAUCUGGCCGCGUGAUAACAGCACCUCCCGAUGAACACCUCUGGACGUAUCGUAGGAAACAUGGUGUUGGCAGGGCUUCAAAGAACGAAUGGGACAAUGUUCUAGAGGUGGGCCCUGAUUACUUUGAUAUGACUGACUCUUUGAGAGAAUGGCGCUUUGGAUUCCAGGACUACUAUGACGUUUUCAUUUGGAGCUUUGUGCCGGAUGAGUCGCCGAUGGAUAUGUAUGACGUUGUAAUAACAGAAUUUCGUAUGGCAUGGCGCCUUACACAUCCACGGGAUUUAUAUUUGCACAUGGAACCGCUAUUGCGCACAUUGACCAGAGAAAAAGACACUCUGCGCACUCGCAAAAUUGUGCCGGGCGAAGAUGUCGAAAGUAUCUGGGACCAGGUGAUGGGCGAGCAAGUCCAAUUCCGGCUUUUCAAUAUCCAGAACGACGAGAUAACUUCCCGAACCACUGACGAGUUGGGUGAUUCUCCAUACAUGUUUUACAGCAAAGCCAACGUUGUUGAAGACGAGAUUCUGUUUCCAGAUGAGGCUACUUCUAACAAGAAGAGCGUCCCUUUCCGAGAAAUUAGAAAUGGUAUUAGUCGCAUUGAGACUCCCCAGCUUCCUAGCAGCAUCCGACAGCUCGAAAAAAGCUGGGCGUUGGCUCGUGAGGGUAAAAGCCCCGCCGCCGCCUUUGAAGAAACGCUGGACAGCGAUGAAGGUAGCAUUUGGGCCCUUCCAAAGAUAUGGCAGACUGCUUUCGGACAGUUUCUCCAGGAGACUCGUUCGGUGGAGCAGCGCAAGCUUCUCAGUCGCACUGGCCUUGACGCCGUCAGCCCGGCUCAGCUGUUGGCCGAUAGACUGCAAGAUGCAGAUUUUAUGGAAAUCAUGGAACGUGACAGGUCCUUUGGUAAGUAA